GCUGGGGUAGGCGAAAAGACAGAUUCCUAAUGCAAGAAAUGUAUAUGGCCAAUAAAGUGAUCUUAUCUUAUCUAUACUCUGUAGCUCACAGGCAGCUUGUUGACUAAGGCUGUAGAAUCCUCAUACCUGUACCCCACACGUACAAAGGGCUAUUAUCCCGAGCUAAAAAAACCCUGCCCCCUGCCCCCACCCCAACAACAGGAAGGGAAAAGGUGGGGACAGACCCCAGAUUUCAUUUAAAUGUGUAAAUGCACAAUUGUAGACGUAUAUACAGCAGUUCAUGUAUUCUGUUUAUACACUGACCAGAAGGAAGCAGUUCUCUGAAAACCACACAGCUCUCUUGCCUGGUAUAUAUUUUUCAAUACAUGUACUACUAGUAGACACUGUCAUUAAAAUGAUCACAACCAGGAGGAGCAGGUCAAGUUAUUAAAAACCACACCACACCAAACAACACUGAAGAUGUGUUGAGGACAGUGGUGUGGGUGGUGACACUGCGCAUUCUACCUGUUUUCACCUGGUCUCAGAUCUGAAUCACCUGGAUUUUCCCAGCCAGCGAAGAUGAUGUAAGUCUGCUGCUCAUCAGUUCAACCAUACACUGACAGCCUCCCAGAGUCUAGUCAUUUGAUGAGGUGUUCUAAUAUGUUGACAAUGGUGUGUGGGUGUAUAUAUAUAUAAACAGUGUUCAAGAAUAAAGGUAUAUUGAUCAAAUCUAUCUAAAAAUAAACAUUUAAUCAUUUUUCAUCAUUUUUACAGAAAUUCAAUUUUUUUUACUGGCUUAUAUGAAAUUCAACAAAGAGCUUCCUUCAUAGAUGUGUAACAGAAAAAAGCAAUAACAAACCAGAACUAAAACUUUAUCUUAAAGUAACUGAACUAUCAGACAAGUUGUAUAUGUUAAAAGACAAGUACAUACUGUAUCUGUUAACAGAGAUUACAAGUUUUAUCUUAUCAUCUCAAAAGAUUUAACAACCUUGUAGGAACAAUCUAUUCUAUAUACAGCUUUCAGAGCUAAAAAUGAUUAGAACAAUCAACAGUACGAUGAUGUCUCAAUUCCAUGAAACACAUAAAUGGCUUUGCUUUCUUUAAAACCCAUUUUCUGUUUGCUCUUCACCUGCUGUCAAAAUGUGCAUGCAGGAUUCAUUAUCAUUGGCACUCAAAUAUACAUUUUAUUUACACCUAACGACAACUCUUCAAUUGUGACUUUAGCUUACUGCAUUAAUGAAGUAAAAUCAAGGAUGUGUGAAAACAUUUUGUCACUCAACUCUGAUAAAACUGAGGUUCUGUUGUUUGGAGGUAACAGUACAGAUAGGACUGCUAUAACCUCAGGUACCCAACUGUGAGGGUUUCAAAUUUUCCCUCCAAGAUUCGGCACAUAAUCUAGCCGUCAUCUUAGACGAAAGGCUCACAUUUAACUCUCAUGUCAAUGCAGUAUCGAAGGCAUGCUUCCUACAGUUAAGAAAUAUUGCAAAACUAAGGCAUGUUCUCUCCAAUCAGGCCACAGAGAGACUAAUACACGCUUCUGUAUACAGCAGAUUAGAUUACUGUAAUGCCCUACUAUCAGGCAGCACCUAUCGCACUUUCAACACCUUACAGCAAAUUCAAAACGCAGCAGCUAGAAUUGUUACCAGGAGUAGAAAAUACAACCACAUAACGCCUAUACUUAGCUCUCUUCAUUGGCUUCCUGUCAGGUACAGGGCAGACUUCAAAAUUCUUCUACUUACUUAUAAGGCUCUCAGAGAUCAGGCACUUGUCUAUCUAAUUGAGCUGAUUAAUGUAUACAAUCCAAGCCACCCACUUAAAUCACUGAACGCAGGUCUUCUUCUUAUUUCACAUAACAGCUGGUGGUAAAGCCUAAAGCUACAGGGCCCCUAGUUUAUGGAACAGUCUGCCAGCCUACGUACAGGAUGCCGAGUCAAUCACUGCAUUGCAACUACGGCUGCUGGGGCUGUACAUGCCAUUGUGUGUCUCAGUGUUGGCCUAACGGGUAGAUCCAAGAGGGACAUCGUGAAUACAGCUAUCGUUUAGGAGGAUUUGCUGGUCAAAGAGAUCUGCAUGGAGUACUGGUACACAGAAGGACUAUGACAGAAGGCUAAAUACUCCACACUUAGUACUUUUCUUUAACUGUAUGAUGUUAGCAUGCCCAGAGGGGUUGGGCAGCCAGUUGACCUUGGACCCCUAGAGGUUUUUUUUUCUCCUUCCUGACAAGUUUCCAGUUCCUCUCCUGCGUUAUCUUCUGGAUUGUUCUCUGUGUUGUAAUGUCAUGUAGUGUCACAUAGCUUUGUUAAGUGCCUUGGGUCAACCUUGUUGUGAAAGGCUGUAUAUACAAAUAAAUCAAAUCGAAUCAAAUUGAAUUAUGUGGCCCAGUGUUGAACACUCCACUUGCUGAGACUGAUGGUGAUGUGACUGCAAGGCACUACAUCAGUCAGGACCUGGGACCACACCUGCUGCCCCUCCUGCACACUCAUACUGUUAUAAGCGGAUGCACUGCUUGCCAGACCCGUGUCUUCCAGGGCAGAGCUUUCCAAACUGUGUGCCCUGACAAGGUUAUGAAAUCAGAAAAGAUUGUGCUUGAAAAGUGAGGAUCAGGAGCUCUGUGGAGCUCAUGCCAGCUUUAAAUAAAAUAAUAAUUUAACUAAACUCAAAUGUGUCUCAUUACAAUUGUAGUCUGAACUCAAAAUAAAUGUUAUGUCUCGCUGUAUUAAAACUUACCGUAAAUAAUCAUUUGACGAACGGUGAAUGGUUUGCAACAAUAAAUGUGCUGCAAGCUUAAAAAGUUAUAAGGUAUCAUAUUGUGAAAACACAGAAGUCACUUUCAUCAUGGAAGAUAAAGAGGUAGAAACUGAGACACCUAUUAUUUUCCAUUUGUUUGAGUAAGCAAGGCUAUUAAUAUCUGAUAACAGAAGCUUGCAAAUAAGACCUUUAAUCUCAAAUAAAGUUUGAAUGCCAUUCCAUUAUAUAAACUUUACAGGAACAGGCUGUUUGGCAGAAGACAGCAGGUUUUAAAUUAUGCAGGUUUUCCCUCACCGCUUUGUUUUGAGAUCACAUUUCGCUCCUGAAUUGAAAACAUGUUCAGAUAUUUUGUUGAAUUACAAAUUGAAAAUAAAAAAAACAGAUGCGCGCCUAUUUAAAUGGAAUAUUUUUCAUCAAAACUAGAAUACUCAUACAUGACGCUUUUAACACUUUCAAGAAGUUAAAUAUAACCUAGAACAGCAAAAGAGAAUCAGAAACUAUAUGAUUGCGUAAGCAUUCACCCCCUAAGCUAUGGCAAAUAUGUUCAACGCGCAUCCCAGAGUCAUAAAAUGACAAUGCAAACGCAGGGCAAAGGGUUUUGUGGUCAGGCGAGACACAAUCAGAGCUUUCUGGUCUGAAUCAAAAGCGUUUAGUUCUGGCACAAACCCAACACCGCACAUCACCCAGUCCACAGCUUCCCUCCUGCCAAGCAUUCUGGGGGCAACGCAGGGUUGGAAAGAGGCGAGUUCCCCAGGGGGGGGGGGGUCAUUUAGGAGAACCACAUUCUCCAGAAUCCCACGGGAAAGGACCGAAUUGGCGGCACCUGGAGGCUUUAGCUCCUAGGCCAGUCAGAGGCUGUCUUUUCACAGACCCUCGCGGUUUAGUGAGACAGGGAGUAUUCAAAAAGACAACUCAGAGAUAAAGGUUUUUGGUAAGCACUACAAGCCAGAGGGGAUAAUGGCGGGAUAAAACUGGUAGCAGCCUCGGCCGUUUUCCGGGCCAGGACCCUGCGAAAUAAGAAGAGGGUUAACGAGCGCAGCUGGCCAAGCGGAAUCAACCGAGAGAGGUUAUUGCCGCUGCUAUCCAGGGAAGACAUAAUACGGUUCAAGUGGAGACCCCCUGCCACGCUCUCAGAAAGGGCAGUAUGUCAUCGUUCUGCUUCUCAUCAGCAGAGACCAGAAAGCUUUCGGGUUUCGGGGGAAAACCGCAAAGAAAAACUGAACCUCAGAGGAAAACCUGAUACUGAGAGUCUGGUGAAAAGCUGGCAGCAGCUCAUUCACAACUCGCUGAUGCUGCGUCUCCACCUAGAACUGACUCAGGGCGGGAACACUUACGAAAUCUUCUUUGCCCCCUAAGAGAGGAUCUUCAGACCCAUGACCAGUGAUGAAUUUUAAGAAGGAUAAUAAGUUGCUCUGCAUCAGCCCAUGUUUUUCUCGCGACACUCCCCUUUAAACACCGAGCCGCACAGCGUGAUGAGAAAGAAAUCCCUCAAGAACCAUUUGAAAUUCAGUUCCUGAUUUUGAUCAAUCACUGUCAUGCAAUCCAUUCAUGGCUGAAUAACCGAUAGCACUCCUCUCAGUUAUUAUGCCCAGAGUCUCCUCGUUCAGAAGCAAAGUCACACAGCGCACCCUGGGACGAGCCUACAGCUGUUCACCAUCCAGGUUCAAGACAGAAGAGAAGUGCCUUCAGUGAAGAGAUUGCACAACACCUGAAACCUCUCUGAAGGGUUCAGCGAAGCCCUUUCUGCUCCUGAAGGGAGGUUCAGGUGCCUAAACUGGACCUGCUGACAGACGCAGCCACUUGCAUGUCAUGCCUCCCAGGAAAAGAGCUCUGCGCCCCGUCGGCCGAAGCCGAAUGCCCAAGCCUGAGCCCAGCUUCUUCCCUUUCGACCUGCUGCCGCUGGAGUGCCAGGUGCACGUGCUGUCCUUCCUCGGCGAGGUGGACAAGUGCAGCGCGGCGCUGGUGUGCUUCAGCUGGAGCUGCGUCGUGCGCUCGGGGAAGCUGUGGAGGGUGGCGGACUUCUCCCGGCGGGGGGCUUUCCACGCGGGCCAGGAGGGGCUGCUGGUGUCCAGCCGCGAGUUUGAGCGGUGGAAGGCGUGGGUCCACCACUAUGCCCACCACCUGAUCUCCCGGGGGGCCAGCCUGCUCACCCUCAAGGCAAGUUUCGACCUGGGGGACCAGCACCACAAAUGGGGCGACUUGCUGUCCAACCUUCUGGAGAGCAUCCACUGCAGAGACCUGAGCCAGGUGGACCUCAACUGGACGUUCACCCUGCUGGAGCCCCUGGAUCUCCGCCUGCAGCCCGCGUCCGGGUCCAGCUCGCAUCUGGAGAGCGUCACAAAGGCGGACCAGGUCAAUAACUUCCAGGUCCUGCUCGCGCAGCUCGCCCACAGCUGCCCCCGCAUCACGAAGAUGCGCCUGCAGUUUGACUGGUCCGACACCUCGGUCUCGCUGUUGACCCGGUUUCAGCACCUGCGCGUCCUGGAGCUCAAGUACUUCUGGGUUUUCAAAGGGGUCAGCCAUAGCUCUCUGGAGACGCUGAGCAAGUCACUGCCCAACCUGAAGUCCCUGACGCUGCACGUGUUGGUGCCCCUCAGGAGCCUGGGUGUCUCCUACAAGCUGGAGUCCCUGUCCCUGGAGUUCCUGGACGUGACUCAGAGCCGGGGCCUGGUCUUCUCUUGCCUCAACCUGCCCGCGCUGCGGGAGUUUCGUGCCAAGAAGAUCGUGCGGGGCAUCACUCUGGACCGUCGGACCAGGCUGAGGAUACAGAGCCGGUGGCCGUGUCUGUACCAGGUGCUGCGCGAGGGCGCGCCGAAGCUGCAGGCCCUCAACAACGAACGGCUGCUGCCCAGCUGGAAGGAACAGAGUUACCGGGAGCUGGCCUCCCUUCUCCAGCAGUGCUGCUACUGCCCGCAGCACCUGGACAGCUGGCUGUGGUGACCAGACCUCCCUGGGAAAUCACUGGGGCCGCAAGGCCAUUGCAGUCAUUCGCUGACAGCUACUACCGGCCUGGCGAGCUCGCCUGGCUGCACUGUGACGAUCUGACAUUUCAUUAAUCAAGUCUCAUUUAAUUCCAUCUUAAAGAUGGAAAAUCGUUUUUUUUUCCUCCUUUUUUUGCCAUGUUUUACUUUGAAAAACAGAGUGUUGAAAAUAGUAUUUUUGAUAAUACUGAAAGAUCGGUUUGCCCGGCAUUAUUCCUGUUUUUGCAAACACUGUAUUUCAUGUUAAUAAAAUUCUGCUGAAGUUUUA